CGCCCAUCAGAUUUCCGCGUUAAACUCCGCUCGUCAAGGAGGCGCUUAGGCUGCGGGGUGUGUCGCAAGAGCAAAGAACCAAGCACGGCCCCUGCAACUCAGAGCGGUCACGUGACCCACUCGUGGCCCUGUCACCUGAUCUCUGCUAAGCCGUGGCGGUCGUCUAGUUGGUGAUGGAGUUUCUUCUCGGCAAUCCUUUUAGCUCUCCGGUCGGACAGCGCAUUGAGAAAGCUACUGAUGGCUCCUUACAGAAUGAAGAUUGGGCUCUUAACAUGGAAAUCUGUGACAUCAUUAAUGAGACAGAAGAAGGGCCCAAAGAUGCUUUUCGAGCCAUAAAGAAAAGGGUUGUUGGAAAUAAGAAUUUCCAUGAAGUGAUGUUGGCUUUGACGGUCCUUGAGACAUGUGUCAAAAACUGUGGCCAUCGCUUUCACAUAUUGGUUGCUAGCCAGGAUUUUGUAGAAGGUGUAUUAGUACGAACCAUCCUUCCCAAAAACAAUCCUCCAGCCAUUGUACAUGAUAAGGUGCUGACCCUCAUCCAAUCCUGGGCUGAUGCCUUUCGUAGUACACCGGACCUGACUGGGGUUGUGACUGUUUAUGAGGACCUGAGGAGGAAAGGCCUGGAGUUUCCCAUGACAGAUCUAGAUAUGCUAUCACCCAUCCAUACACCACAGAGGACUGUAUACACUCCACCAGAUUCCCAGCCAGGAGUUAUUUCAUCAGCAGAUUCUCCUCAACCAAUAGAUUCAAUCCUGCACCCUGUAUCUUUACCACAAGUUCCAGAAAUUGCAGCUGAUGCCUCUAUCACACCUACAGCAGACCAGAUUGGAAAAUUACGCAGUGAAUUGGAAGUGGUGAAUGGAAAUGUAAAAGUAAUGUCUGAGAUGUUAACAGAAUUAGUGCCAGGACAAACUGAACCUUCUGACCUUGAACUGCUCCAGGAAUUGAAUCGGACGUGUAAAGCAAUGCAGCAGCGUAUAUUGGAGCUGAUUCCCCGCAUCCUUAAUGAACAGUUAACUGAGGAGCUGCUCAUUGUCAAUGACAACCUCAACAAUAUUUUCCUGCGCCAUGAACGGUUUGAACGGCUCCGAUCUGGCCAGCCUGCAAAGCAACAGAAUGACACAGAGAAUGAAAACAGUAUGCUUGACAUGGGGCCUAGUAUCACACCAGCACAAAAAGUUCCUGUAACUGCCAGUACACUUUCAUCUCAACUUGCAGGAAUUGAUCUUGGUUCUAAUAGUGUCAGUUCAGGUUUGCAAUCCCUCAACAAUUCCAGCAAACUGGAAGAAGAGUUUGAUAUGUUUGCACUGACCCGUGGCAGUUCCUUAGCUGAACAACGCAAAGAGGUGAAGUAUGAAGAUCCUUUAGCAACAAAAGGUCUAGCUGGAGCCUUGGAUGCCAGACAACAGAAUACAGGAGCACUGGAGCCAGGUGGUUCUACUGACGAGGCCCCGAUUACAAACUGGAUGAUGCGCCAAGGAAUGAUUCCUGUAUCCCAAGCUACUUUCAUGGAGGAAAUUGAGCAGUGGAUCUCCACUGAAGAGGGAAACAAGACAGUGGAUCCAAAGGGUGUCACCAGUGAAGAGUUUGACAGAUUCCUUGAGGAGCGUGCAAAGGUGGCAGAUCGACUUCCUACCCUUCCCAGUGCCCCCACAGGGGCUCCUUCCACAACAUCCACUAACUCUGGUCCUCAGCGAAAGAAAGACAAAGAUGAAGAUGCAAUGUUUGCUUUAUGAGCCAUUCUGCGGCUUGGUGUGCCGUGGUUACAAGAGGACCUGUGUGUUCUGCGCUGCACUUCUUGAGGGAGAGAGGGGAAUCCAAAGGAGACAAGAUCGGAAAAGUUUCCUCUUUCCUUCUUCCUGCCUUCUUUCCAGACUGCUUCGGGUUAGGUUAAUCAUUGCUGCAAUAGGGAACACUAAAGCAAAGCAAGCAGUAGGAAGAUGUUGCAGAGCUAUCAAAUGUAUUUGCCAGAUGAAUUGGGAUUUCUCCUGGGAGAUCUAGGCAGUCUUGGGUGUUCUUCAUUGUUUUGCUGUGCAUAUCUUUCUCCAAUGAUGAUGACUCUUAAAAGUCGUGCUGAAAGUGAGUAGUAGGAUUUGUCAGUUUUUCCCAAUCCCACAGGCAGUUGCACAAAAUGGUCAAAUUGGGCAGCUUCUUUCAAUCUUUAAGCUGGCUUUUCUGUAUUUUUCUUCUCCUCUAGCAAUAAGGGAACUACAGAUCCAGUUUGCUGUGGGGG